AUGGAAGAUAUGUAUCCACCUGUUCAAGUUACACAGGUGUCAUCGGAAGCACCCAAUAUAAUAAAUCAUAGCUCAGAUAAUUCAACUAUUAUUCGAUCGACCACUGUACUACCAGAUGCAACACAAUUGAAUCCAAACAUUUUGGUGCCAGUUGGAUUUUCAACUCCGUCACCUCUUAGAAAGUCACAGAGAAGAGGUAGUUUCUCUUCUAUACUACGAAGAAGAAGUUCAAUCGUUUCGAUGGCGAGAAGAGCCUCGAAAGAUGUCGAUAUAUCCGAUGAGAGAAUGGCGAAAUUCCUCAAUACCAUAUCACUUCGUACCACUACCGAUAGUUGUGGAAGUGAUGACAGUGGCAGCUGUUACUCUGACAUUGCAUCCAACGUAGAUAUAGCUGAUUACGAUCAAAACGAUUGGUUUCUACAAGAAGAUGAUAUUGACGAUGAACCAUUGUUUACAAUAUUAGAAAAACAAGAACUUGAAAAUAAAAUUAUAGAAAUGGCAGAAACUCUAUCAAGUCAAAUAGAUCUAUCUCCUGGUAUUGCUAUUUUAUUAUUAAUAUAUUUUAGAUGGGAUCAAGAUAAAAUAUUAGGAAAUUAUUUUGAUGAUCCAGAACAAUAUUGUUUGAAUGCAGGUGCAUUUUUAACAAAAGCGAAACCAAACUAUACAGGUGUACCAUGCUUGAUUUGCUACGAACUGUUCCCACAGAAGGAAUUGUACAGUUUGAAUUGUGGUCAUGGUCCAUAUUGUCUCAACUGUUGGAAAACCUAUUUGCAUGAAGAGAUUAUGACAACUGGUCCAGAGGUGAUUCAUUCCACUUGUAUCUCACCACGUUGUAAAUGCAAAUUAAAUUUUGAAAAUUGGAAAACAUUAGCUUCACAAAGAGAUUAUAGCAGGUAUUGGUAUUUUAUUGCAAAAGAUUAUGUAUAUCAUGAUAAACAUCUUGUUUUUUGUCCAAAUCCAACAUGUGGAAGUGCUAUCAAGUAUCAAGGAGUUGGAAGACCGAAUGAUGUAGUCGAGUACUUUCUGUUGGAAGCACUCGAACUACUCAUCGAAUGUCGUAGAAUACUCAAGUAUACAUACGUAUUUGGUUUCUAUCUAGGCGAUAAUGUUCCAGGCAAGAUGUUCUUUGAGUACCAGCAGGCAAACGCCGAGGGUAUCACUGAGCUGCUCUCGGAAGGUGUAUAUAUCAACGUCGCUCUGAUCAACCCUGAAGAAAUGAAAAACAGAAUAAGAGUGACAAGAAAGUACAUCGACAAUCUAGUAAAGAGUAUCGAAGAGGGUUUAGGAUUAGAUAGCAAUAUGGGUUUGGCGCCUCAAGAAUAA